AUGCCGGAGGCCAACGGACUGCCGAUUCUUGUAAUGCCACCGGAGCCUCCGAUCCCCCCGCCAACAGGCAACUGGGCCCACGUCCAAUUCGACUGGGAUCUUCAUUUUGGCCUGACCGACAUGGAUCUUCUCACGCAAGCUCGGAUCUACAUCACAGAAGACGAUAGCCGAUGGCCCGCUGGAAUGGCAAACUGCUUGCGAAAGGGAUGGAUGGACGACAAAGUUCACGCCUCUAUCGAUAAAAUGGAAGAAGGAAACCCCAUCUUGAGUUGGCAUGUGGAGGGAGAAUUCGUCGACAUCAGACACCAAUAUCUCCAGGCUGAGUCGAUACUGGUGCAGUGGCAAAGAGAUGUUGACCUGGGCCGUGGCCUGCCCUUCGAUCGGUCCCGACUUUUCAGAUUCCCGUGGUCUCGAUGGAAUUACGUUAUUGUUUUUUGA